AUGGCUGACCCUGUGACCACCGUGCCGACGCUCGACGAGAAGCAGUCAGACAAUGUCUCGCUCGAGAAGACAGACGCCGUCGACGACGACGCCCGCAUGGCCAAGGAAGUCGAGGAGUUCGAAGAGCGCCUCGAGCGCGACGAGGCUGCCAACGAGGAGUACCUCGUCCAAGAGGCUUACGAGGUCGCGAUCAAGGUCUUGUCCACCCGCGACGACCCUUCGCUGAAUCCCCUCACCUUCCGGACCUUCUUCCUCGGGUUGGGUUUCUCAGCCUUCGGCGCCGUACUGGCCCAGAUUUAUUGGUUCAAGCCGCAGACCCUGAACGUUUCGACUCUGUUCCUGCUCGUGCUUUCCUACUGGCUUGGCACAGCCAUGCAUUACAGUCUACCGUCCCAUGGAAUCUUCCGCUGGAUUAACCCCGGCCCCUUCAACGUCAAGGAGCAUGUGGCCAUCAUCAUCAUGUCCUCCAGCGCGGCCACCUCCGCCACGGCCAUCCAGAUCAUCUCCGUUCAGGACCUGUAUUACAGUAACCGGCUCAACGCUGGUCUCGCUAUCUUUAUCCUCAUCGGCUCACAGCUCCUUGGCUACGGCUUCGCGGGCCUUCUCCAGGACAUGCUCGUCCGUCCCACCAAGUGCUUCUGGCCCGCUACGAUCUCGACGGCCAACCUGUUCCAGGCUCUGCACUUCGACAACCAGAUGACGUCGAAGCGCGUCCGCCUCUUCUGGACGCUCUUCCUCGUCAUGUUUGUUUGGGAGAUCAUCCCUCAGUGGAUCUUCCCGCUACUCACUGGCGUCUCCAUCUUCUGUCUCGCCGCGAACCACAACCCCGUUAUCCGUAACAUCUUCGGCGGUGCGAGCAACAAUGAGGGCAUGGGUCUCCUCGCGUGGUGCUUCGACUGGAACCUCAUCGGCUCCAACUGCCUUUUCAACCCUCUUUGGCUGCAGCUCAACGAGGACAUCGGCAUCUUCUUCACGUACAUCCUCAUGGCCGGCGUAUACUACGGCAACCUCUGGCGUGCGAAGGACUUCCCUUUCAUGUCCCAGGCCAUAUUCGCCGAGGACGGCACGCAGUACAACCAGACCGCGCUCCUCACAAACGGCAAGUUCGACCCGGCCAAGUACGCGGAGCUCGGACCCGCGUUCUUCUCCGCCACGAACGCGCUCGGCUUCAUGACCUCGAACCUCUCGCUCGGCGCGACGUUCACCCACGUCUUCUUCUGGCACUGGCAGGACAUCAAGCCGUUCCUCAAGACGUUCAACCCGUGGAACAAGGAGGAGUUCGUCGUGCACGACGCGCACUACGAGAAGAUGAAGGUCUACAAGCAGAUCCCCCGCUGGUGGUACUUUGUGCUCCUCGCCGCCGCCUUCGCGAUCGCGCAGGCGACCAACUACGCCGCGCACUCGCACCUCCCGUGGUGGGCGCUCAUCUGCAUCCUCCUCAUCUCGCUCGUCAUGAGCAUGCUCUUCGCGACGCUCGCCGCGACGAUCGGCUUCAAGGAGUUCAGCUCCUCCGCGAACUCGUUCUACCAGAUGAUCAUCUCCUACAUGGUCCCCGGCGACCCGAUCGCGAACCUCUACGGCGCGCUCUACGGCCAGCACCCGCAGGGCCAGUGCAUCGCGAUGCUCCAGGACCUCAAGCUCGGCCAGUAUACCAAGCUCCCGCCGCGCGUCACGUUCUCGAUGCAGAUCAUGGGCACCGUCGUCGGCGCGAUCCUCAACUACAUCAUGAUGAUCACCAUCAUCGACGCCCAGCGCGCGGACCUGCUCACGAUCGCCGGCACGCGCCUCUGGUCCGGGCAGAACGCGCAGGGCUUCAACACGAACGGGAUCUCCUGGGGCGGGCUCGGCCCGCAGAUGUUCGGCGUCCACGGCGUGUACCACAUCGUCCCGAUCUGCCUCGCGAUCGGCGUCUUCACCCCGCUCCCGUUCAUCGCGGCGUGGUACAUCUGGCCCAAGGCCGGGUUCGAGAACUUCUCGGCCCCGAUCAUCCUCCAGUACUCGUGCUACCUCGCCGUCGGGAUCAACACCCAGGUGAACCCGUCGAUGGCGAUCGGCCUCUUCUCGCAGUGGUGGGUGCGCACGCGCUACCCGCGCUGGUUCACCAAGUACAACUACAUCGUCGCCGCUGCGCUUGACGGCGGCACGCAGGUGAUCUCGUUCAUCCUCAACUUCGCCGUCUUCGGCGCGAGCGGCAUUCCGCACUCGUUCCCCGAGUGGUGGGGCAACGAUCUCAGUCUCUCCACCGAUCGGUGCAUGCUCCCCGAGUAG